CUCCUCCUAUUCAGCGCGCGCUCGCCGACAAACUUUGUGUGCGUGUGCGUGUCUAUGCGUGUGUGUGUGUGUGCGUGUGUGUGUGUGUCAGUACGUGCGCGAGUCAGGGCUUUUUGUCUCGCGAAGGGAAGCGUUCUGAGCUUCAGACGGCUCGCGCACACCGGAGGAGCAACAGCUCGCAGCAGCGAGGAGAAAGAAAGUGAUUUAAAAUUAUUCAAAAUUAGAGGAAUAUAUCCUUCUGUGUGCUGUAGCCUGCUCCUUCAGUAAUAGAGGGACAUUUGUACAGGGCGAUACUAAACCUUUAAUAAACGGCGGAGAUAAUAUUACUAGGUGAAGUACUAUGGAGGACCAGCUGCUGUGCUGCGAGGUGGACUCCAUCAGGAGAGCCUACCAGGACGUGAACCUGCUGAACGACAGAGUUCUGAACACCAUGCUGAAAGCAGAGGAGAACUACCUACCGUCGCCCAACUACUUCAAGUGUGUUCAGAAAGAAAUUGUGCCCAAAAUGAGGAAAAUAGUUGCCACCUGGAUGUUAGAGGUCUGCGAGGAACAGAAAUGUGAGGAGGAGGUUUUUCCGCUGGCUAUGAACUAUUUGGACAGAUUUUUAUCAGUGGAGGCCACCAGGAAAACAAGACUACAGCUGUUGGGAGCUACAUGCAUGUUUCUGGCAUCCAAGAUGAAGGAAACCGUGCCCUUAACGGCGGAGAAACUGUGUAUCUACACUGACAACUCGGUGCACCCUGGAGAACUGCUGCAAAUGGAGCUGCUGGUUCUCAACAAGCUGAAAUGGGACCUGGCUUCAGUCACGCCUCACGACUUCAUCGAUCACUUCCUGUCCAAGCUGGAGAUCUGCCCAACCACCAAACAGAUCCUCAGGAAACACGCGCAGACCUUCGUGGCUCUCUGUGCUACAGAUGUUAACUUCAUUGCCAGUCCUCCCUCCAUGGUGGCGGCGGGCAGCGUGGUGGCAGCUGUUCAAGGUCUCUACCUGAAGAGCCACGACGCCUCCUUGUCCUCCCAGAACCUCACCAACUUCCUGUCUCAGGUCAUUCGCAGUGACCCGGACUGCCUGCGCUCGUGUCAGGAGCAGAUCGAGUCCCUGCUGGAGUCCAGCCUGCGGCAGGCUCAGCAGCACAGCAGCUCCACGGAAACCAAACGUGUGGACGAGGACGUGGACCUGUCCUGCACCCCCACAGAUGUGAGAGACAUCAACAUCUGAAAUGACUGACCAAGGUGUUGUGAUGACCUGAUGAUGGAGGGAACGUUGUCGACAGAGGGUGGAGAUGGCGGGCUGACCUCAGCCCCCCCCCUCCUCCUUCUUCCUGGUGGCCGACAUGUCGCCCCGCAACAACUCCCCUGUCACAUUUCCUGCCAGUGCCCCCUCCCUCUCUGGGGACAGAAAUGAACACGACAGAAAUGUACACGAAACAGACGCAGAAUGCGGAGGACCUGCGUGGGCUGGAGCUGAAGCCACACAACCAUUCAUCUUUUCUCAGUCCCUCACAUCAAAGUAGGAAUCUUGAAAUGACCCAACUUCUCAAAGUGUCACGUACAGUAGGACCUUGUUGUGUCUUCAGGUCUGAAUAUGGAAUCUGAGAGACAUUUUAUUUGUCAUUUCUCUAUUGGUAUAUCUAAUGUUUUGACUUCCUGUCCAAGCUCCAAUGUUUGUAUCGCUGCAGUGCAAACAUUCAUUGAUCCCUGCUUGCUUAUGUUUAGUCACUUUAUGAUAUAUCAUUUUAGAUUUCCUUUUUCCAUUGGUUGUAUUCCUCUUUUCUCUCAGCGUUUGUGUUUUAAACAAGUGUAGUGUACGAGCCUGUGGGUGGGGGCGGAGGAGGUGCAGUCUGCGGCUCUGCUCUGUGUAGUCAAACCAUUCCAAACUCUGUCAAAACAAAAAGAAGCACUUUUGGUCAGCACUGCUGGUCGCCUAAAAGAAUUCACAGUGAUUACUUUUGUAAACAAAAUAUAAUGGGGGGUGGAGCAGGGGUCUCUUGGCGAUGAAGGAGUCAGAGCGACAGCUGCCAGAAUAUUUUCAUCUAAUGGAAGAAGAGUGAGCUUGUGGCAGAAACAGACGACAUGCUGCUUGAUACUGUCAUGGGACUCUCUGUAGCUGCCAACGAUCUGAGUGUGAGUUCAACCCACGUUCCACACGCUGCUCUAAAUGAAAGUGAGGAGCCAGAGCCUGAAGGUCCAAGCAAAAGGACUAUUCUUUUAUAUAGUUCAACAUAUUAUUUAUUUAAGCCUUCCUUUUCUAGCUUUCAGAGUCUCUGUGUCUCCACCUACUGCUGAACUAUCUGCCUCCAGAGCAGCCAACUCUGCUCUUCAUCGUCUCCUCAGUUUAAGUACCGCUCAUGGAAUCUUGGAAGGGCAUGAAGCUAAAAGAAGAGGAGUGUUGAGACUAUGAUUUUGCACAAAAAUAAAAGACGCAGGCUUCGUUUCUUGGGGACUUGCCUAAAGAAUGUGGAGAGCACAGCGGGCAAGCUACCUGAGGGGUGCAAAGGGUGAAGGCUCAACGGGAGGGGCGUCUUAAUGCUGUAGAGUUCAAGCCAAGGUUCCUUCACAGGACGCCAACCAUUUCACCAGCAGCUUGAUGUAAGCUUUAGAUGUGAUGGGUCAAUGCAGGAAGGCUCUCUGCGCAAAGUAUUCUGGAAGUAUGUCACGGUGUGUCGGACACCAGGUUUCUGAUUGUACAUUAUGGAUAGAGAGUAGGAGAGAAACACUCCUUGUAAUCCGCUGCUAGAGACAAAUGAAUCCCAGCUACGAGUUUAAAAGGAAAAACAUGACAAAAAACCUAAGAAUUAAAAAUGAGCUUUUCUUUGUUGUUUGCUGCUACAUUUUUGGUGUUUUUUUAUACAUAUAAAUGUCAAUAUACUGCCAUUCUAGGUUUGAAUUUUCUCAUAGAAAAUUGUUUUAUUGACAUCCUCAUCUGUUUUGUUUAUGUCGAUUCUAUGUGAUCUGUUUAUAAUUUCAUAUGAUUUUCCGAAAUAUUCCAAAAAAACAAGGAAAAUGAGACGAUGUACAGAAAUGCUUUGAUCCACAAUACCUCAUGUGACAGUCAAGAUCUAUCUCUAAUUUGUAGUCUUUCUAUUGUUUAGUCCUUUGGGUUCAGCGCCUGCUGGCUCUGUCCAACCUGCUGUGAUGGAACGUCCAGGCCAUGCUCUGAUACUGGUGCCAUAACACAACAUGGGAUGUGUAUAACUCUGUUGAGUGUUAAGCUGUCUCGUGAAAGACACGUUGUCCCCCUUUAGGCCCGUAGUGGCCCCUUUUAUAUUUAUAAAAAAAAGCUUUUUGCUCCAAUUUUCAACUGUCCUGAGUUGCUGAGUUUAUAAAUAGAUUCAGUGUCCGUGCUCGGUAAGCCAUAGACUGUUUUUUGUUACAAAUCAUUCCACACAGUUGUGUCUACUUCAUGCCAGAUGUCUGCAACCCUUGUCGACUACACAAUAAAAAGAUGAAUUAGAUGGAC